AUGUCUUCGGUUGACGGCCUGCUGUCUGAGAAGUCGACUUUCUUGGGUUCAAAUUUGGCAGUGCGCGCCGCUGACCAGGCUUAUUUUGGUGAUCACCAAGUCUACACCCAUGUAUCGCCCUCAACAUCGAGGGAUCAUCACGGAGAUCACAAUAGCGGCCAUGGGCACGGACAUGGGCACGGCCAUGGCGGACAUGGCCACGGCCACGGACAUGGUCACGGUCACAGCAAGGAAAUCGUCCCGAAAACCGACAUGCAGGUGGUACCGAAAGGUGAUUUGCAUGUUGCAAUUCAAUAUGCGAAAGACAUAGUAGCGAAAGCAUUAUCAGAAGGAGGCCCAUCCUGGAUUUAUCGUCUAAAAGAGGAGAUGAAAGCCCUGAAAAAGGAGAACGAGCUGAUCAGAAAAGAGCUGGCAGAGUUGCGUGAAACGAUCGAGAAAUACGAACCCGUUCAAGAGACGAAGAAAGAGGAAAAAUCUGGUGAUGAUGAUUUCGAUCUGUUCGGAUCCGAUGACGAGGAAGAUGCUGAGAAAGCAAAGGUCGUCGAAGAGAGGCUCAAGGCUUACGCAGAGAAGAAAUCAAAGAAGCCAGGACCAAUCGCGAAGUCUUCCGUGAUUCUUGACGUGAAGCCCUGGGAUGAUGAAACUGAUCUGAAGGAAAUGGAAAAUUUAGUGCGUAGCAUUGAAAUGGACGGUCUUGUCUGGGGAGGCGGUAAAUUGCUUCCAAUUGGAUACGGAAUCAAUAAACUACAAAUCAUCUGCGUAAUCGAAGAUGAUAAGGUGUCAGUUGAUGACUUGAUUGAAAAGAUCACUGGAGAUUUCGAGAGCCAUGUGCAAUCCGUGGACAUCGUUGCUUUCAACAAGAUUUGA